AUGGAUGAAACUGAAUUUGUUAUUGCUCCCAAAAUCCAAAAAGUUCUUGCAGUAAAAAAUAAAGUAGUAACCAAGUAUACAUUUGCAAGAAUUCUUGAAUCAGCAUUUGCUGCAACUUACAUUCCAAAGGCUAUUAAAAAUGCUUUCAGAACUACUGAAAUUUUGUUGUUUAAUCCUAAUGCUAUUA